ACCGACGCGUCACUGACCGUCGUAUUUUAUUUUAUUUUAUAAUUAUAAAACGACAAAGAAAAUUGUGAUAAGUGUGAUUUUUAUACAGAUCUUCGUGAUAAUAAUAGUGUUAAGAUUGUUAUGUUAUUGUUGCAUAGUGGAAACGAAACGAGCUUACCCUGCCUGCAGUGCGUGCCAAGAGCCCCAGAGUCCCAGCCAUUAGAUUGAGUGGAGUGUCCCCUGUGUCCAACCACACGUAGCCCUGUACGCAGCCAAAAUUCCGCGAGACACAACGGACACCUCCUCCAGCAUGGAUCUGGAGAAAGCCCCCAACCUCCACGAGGAAGACUCCAAAGUUACCCUCACUAUCAGACUGAUUAUGCAGGGGAAGGAAGUUGGCAGUAUCAUUGGGAAAAAAGGAGAGAUUGUUAAAAGAUUUAGAGAAGAGUCCGGAGCUAAAAUCAAUAUAUCUGAUGGAUCGUGCCCAGAACGAAUUGUUACAGUCACAGGCAAUACAAGUGCUAUAUUCAAGGCAUUUACACUCAUAUGCAAAAAAUUUGAAGAGUGGUGCUCUCAGUUCAAUGAAGGUGGCGGCGGUGGCUCUCGUGCUCCUAUCACUCUACGACUCAUUGUCCCAGCGUCGCAAUGCGGCUCGCUUAUUGGCAAAGGUGGCUCCAAAAUCAAAGAAAUCCGGGACGUGACUGGAGCUAACAUACAAGUUGCAAGUGAAAUGCUGCCAAACUCAACUGAAAGAGCGGUGACAAUAAGUGGUACUUGUGAUGCAAUCACACAGUGCAUUUAUCACAUUUGCUGUGUCAUGCUAGAGAGUCCGCCUAAAGGUGCGACGAUCCCAUACAGACCAAAGCCAAAUGUCGCGGGUCCCGUCAUCUUAGCUGGAGGUCAAGCUUACACCAUUCAAGGAAAUUACGCUGUACCAGCUCAAGAUGCGGUGUGUGCGCCCGUGUUCCCCCUGCUGGAAGUGAAGCCGCCCCUGGUGGGCGCUCUGCCGCCGCACCAUCUGCUGCCGCCGCCGCUGCACGAACACCACCUUAUGGGAGGAUUAGCAAAAUCGCCAUUGGCUGGCCUAGCAGCAUUAGGACUGGGUGGCUUAGGGCCAGCUAAUUCAGGCGGACUCAAUCCUGCAGCAGCCCUAGCUGCCCUGGCGGGUUCACAGCUUCGCAGUUCUAAUCAAGCGCGCAAUCAACCCGCAUCCAACCAGCAGUCACAUGAGAUGACCGUGCCCAACGAACUUAUUGGCUGCAUCAUUGGAAAGGGAGGCACAAAGAUUGCCGAGAUUCGCCAGAUUUCUGGCGCCAUGAUCCGGAUAUCGAACUGCGAGGAACGAGAAGGUGGCAGCACUGACCGAACUAUCACAAUCUCCGGCAACCCCGACUCCGUAGCGCUUGCUCAAUAUCUGAUCAAUAUGAGUGUGGAGCUACAGAAGGCGAAUCUGGAGGGUAGCACCUCGAGCGGCACCGGCGGUUCGUCAGCCGCCAGUCCUCUGGCAUCCGCCAUCCCCCUCGCGCAGCUGCUCAGCAAGACCGGGGCCCUGGGAGCGCUCAACUCGCUAUCCGCGCUGGGCGGACUAUCAGAUCUGCUCAGUGGCAGUAGCGGUUCUCAGCCGGUCCAGACCACCGGGGUCCACCGGAAUCAUAAGUCAUUUAACCAGCGCAGGCAGGACGACGACACGCCCACCAAAAGUUCCAAAGAGCGAAAUAAAUAUAACCCCUAUUAAAUACACCACGAUCGCCCGCCGGUCGUUCCAAUCACUUUGGCUUUGUACAGAAGAGACGAAUUCACCGCGAAUCAUAUCGCGCAAUUUGAUUGAUGCCGUAAUAGAACUUCAAAUAUCUUAAUCAUGGGCAUCAUAUGAGAAAAUGUGUUACUAUUUGGAUACAUCCAGGGGCUUGAUUUGCAGUUGCCAGUCACAAGCCGAGUUAUGGUUUACUACUACAUUUUUUAUACAUAGUUGUUAUUGAUAACAAUACUAUUUAUAUAUACAACAUAACUAAUAUACAAAUUUUAGAGGGAAUUUGAGUUUUAGAAACACAAAUUAUAAUGAUAAUGAAGUGAUAAAAUAGAAACUGAACUACUUCUUACCGCAUGCAUCGUAUGCGUAGUCUGGGGAGACAAGUACGAAAUGGUUCACAGGGAAUUCGCCCUUUUCUGGACAAGGUAUUUUGUACGAGCGUAAUGCGUGGCUCGCAUUUUAUUUGGACUGAAUUUAUCCAAAGAACUAGAACGACUGACGAGCUGGUUUCGCUAUUAGAUUUCGGUCGCUAUGAUAAAAUAUCAUACGAAUAGAAAAGAAAUCUUGCAAUCGAGACAGUUUUUUAUAAGAUAAUUUUCUAGUUUUUGUUAAGUGAACAGUAAAUUAUUUCUUGACUACCUUGGAACUAAAUCACUGAUAUAAUAAUUCUCUUAAUAUUUUUAAUGCUAUUAAAAUCAUGUACCAACUGGUAUCAUUAUUUCACGAUAUGCAUGUGUGUAUUUGCAUAUUCUCAUCGUAGGUACAAGGUAUAUACAGGGAUUAUAAUCAUUAACGAAAUGUUGACUUGGAUUAUGUAUAUAUUAUACUUAUACAUAGUCCGAAAUUUAUAGAUUUCACUUAAAAAUCUCACUUAAUUUAAUCAAGGUUUACGUUAAUGAUUAUUCUAGUAUACCUAAAAAAAGUAUCAAAUGUCUUAACAUUAAGAUAGUUUUAAUUUUAAAGCAAGCGUUUUAUAUUUUGGGAUAGUUUUUGUUAUUCUGACCUUUAUUUAAUUGGUUUACUGGAAAGUUUUGUUAUUUUUUCGUAAAUGUCUUGGUUAUUACUUUAAAUAUAUAAUUUAUUCACCAUUUUUUACUAUUACUAACAAAAGAACAUGAAAUCCAAUCGUACAUAAUAAUUUUGUCGAUGUCAACAUUUUAAAGUAAUGUGGUUUAUAUGUAUAUAAAUAUUGAUAAAUGGGCAAUGGAUUGUUGUUUGCUUGCAAUAUAUUUUUGUAGAGAAAUAUUUCAUUAGACAUGACUUAGAAAUAGGACACUUCAAAAGAGACUCAUGACGAAAUAAAAUCAAAUAUUUUCUGUUAUUUAAUUAUUUAACAGUAAUCAUUAAUCUUGAAGUACCUUUAGAAUAUUGUACAUGUAAACACUUUUUCAUUAUGUAUAAUAUAUAUUUAAAGAUAUAUAUAAAAGUACUUACUUAAUUUUAUUUAGUUGAUUUAAAGUAGUACUAAACAUAAAUGUUUAAAGCUAUAAUUUGGUGGUUAAAGUUGUACGACAAAAUUGUUAGUACGUUUAAUUAAAAAUUAGCUAAUAAAUAAAACAUUUGUUAUGUGAUGGAUAAAGACGACUAAAUUGUAAAAUAAAUACGACUAAUAACUAGGGAUCGUGACAAUAGUAGGAGAUACGUAGAAGCUUAAACGCUGUACAAUAUACAGAGUGCUUUGCGUUUAGAAUUCAUAUAAUGUAAAUUUACCGAUCAUAGAGUUAUUGAAUAAUUAUAAAUAUAAAAUUAUUUCAUUCUAUUUAAAUUAUGACGACGCUCAGUUAAUGGACUUCUUAUAUGGAAUAGAAAUUACAAAUAUAAUUAAUUAUAUAUAAAUGUGUGAGUAGAAAAUUACUAUAAUUUACUAUCAUAAAUUAAAUAUUUUUUUAAACUGGAAAUAUAACCAAGGUAGUUUUCAAGGGGAUUCAUUUCUAAUGUAUAAUGAUGUUUGAUUUUGAUAGUGGACUGCAAUAGUUAAUUUUCUAAACUUGGCCAGAUUUCCAGUCUGGUGAAAUGGCAGCGCGAUUCUGUGUAAUUUUCGCUGUUAUAAGAUGUCUAGGAAACAACACAUAUCAUCCUAAUCUUUACUGUACUUAUACAAUGACAAGCUUGACAGCACUGAAAAAAAUAACAGUUGAAUUAGUUACUAUAACCAAAUUUUUGGUAUAUAUAUAUAUUUUUAAUUGUAUUCCCAAAAUUGAGCUAAAUAAUGGUCAAAGUGUUUUAAUUUAGUAAUAUAUCUACCUUGUUCGUUUAGUAAUUUUCAAGUAAAUGGUAAUCAAUAUUUUGGUGUUUAUUACUAAUGUUUAGUAAUCACUUUUUCACUUAUUUAUUUCAGUGCAGGUCAAUUUUAUAGUACAAAAUUCUGUGUACUAGUGUAUCGAAUACUUUUUCACAUUUUUAGAUUUUUUUUAUAAUGAAUAAUCUUUCAUGAUCGGUACAUUUAUGUGCCUGUUAAAAUUGAAAUACAGGGUGUCUAAAGAAAACAUCAAGCUGUACUUCAGAUAAAGAUACAUACAAAUAUAUAUUUAUUUUUAUUAAGACUGCCAUGAAUGAACUAAAUUACAAUGUUUUUAGAUGGAUAUAAUAAUAUUCAUUUUCAUGUAUACACAACAUUAGCAUCCUUGACAUGGCAUUUCUUUAAUAAUUAUUAGUUCUUCAUAAAUUGGUAUAUCAUUCACAUUUUUGUUUCGGAUUAAAUCUAAAGUGUUCAAUGAAGUAUCGUUUGAUGAACAUUGACGGCUCUGUAUAUAUGUUUUAAAAAUGAAAUUAAUAUUAAAUUAGACUGUAAUGUCACAGACUUAUAUUAUGGUAAGUGAAAGUGUAGUGGUUACUUUAACCAAAACUUUGUUUCAUUCUAGAUACUAGCAAUUUUAAGAAUUAGCUCUUUUUUCAGUGUUUUAGAUUUUAUAAUUAAAUAUUUGACAAUGUUUUUAAUCACGUGCAAUGUUGAUGAGCAUGAAUUCGAGUGUUUGAUUAGAAUCUUCUCAUAUUUAGUGUGCUUUUAACAUUUAUAGCUUGACUAUAUAAGCUUAAAAAUGUCCUUCACAGUAUUUAAAAUAAACCUUUUUUAGAAAUGUAAAAGGAUUUCCAUGUUGACGAUAAUUUACAUAAAGUUCAUAUAUAAUCUACGAAUCUAAUCUAAAUAUUCGCUUUCAUGUUCUCAAUAAAAAUAGCACUCUUUGUAUAUUUGUGAUGCAUAGAAUUCACGGUAGAACUUAACUAGUUUGAAAAUUUUAUAAGGCAAAUUGAGGAUGUAAAGGCAAAGUUGUUGUAUUAGCAUAUUAGUUGUCAUAAUGUGUAGAAGUAGGACAUAUAAUAUAUUUGUUUAGAAUUUACUAUAUUUUAGCAUCAUUCUAAACAAAUAUAAAUUGUUAUUUUGUUGACAGAAAAUAAUAAACAAAAGUAUAAUUCGACAAUUUUUACAUUUUGUGGUGUCAUGCAAUUGUGAUAUAUAAAAUGUGUAAAAAGAUAUACAGUGGAACAACUCUACCAAUAUCUUUAAAAUGUUUUAUAUAAUAUGGCAGACUAUGUUCUCCGUCAUUGUAAAAUGAGCACCAUACUUAAGUAUUUGUAAGUAUUUGUUAUGUAACAUAAUACAACACUUUGCCUGUACAUACACAAAAUAGAUUAAUGCGAAUUUGAAAAUCGUGGUCCAAUACGUUUCUUGUAGUUAGUUCCAUUGGGAACAUAAUACUUAGGUAUUAUUUGGCUGCCAAUUGUCAUUUAUUUGUAAAAAAAAUCAUGUUAAUUCUAAGAUACAUUUUCUUAUCAUUUCAGGAAUUAUAUUACUCGCUAGAAACGUUAAGUAAAAGUGUAUUGUUUUAAAGUACAUAAUAAAAUAAUGAUGGUACAGAUUGUUUUUCAUU